CUUCAGGUUAAAUCUUAUUCGUGAUGCCAUCUGCUUACGGCUCCCUCUUGUUUGCCACUGUGAUGGAAGCAGCCCUAGGAGUACUUGAUGCCCCUCUGAAGAUUACUGCUGACUAUCCACCGGGUUGUUAUGGAGGUCCUGGUCCAGGGGAGGGGAGCAACAUUACCGAUAUGCUAGCGCCUUCCUGCAUUUACAGCAUGGAGAGCUACACAACCGAUGGGAGUUAUACAGAAGUUGCCGGGAUCAUACUCAACACUAACAGGCCUGGGCAUUAUGGCAGCAUGUCAGUAAACUUCACUGUGUCCAGCCCGACUAGAACCAGAGAGCCCGAUAUCUUAGUGGUAACGGAUGGUUGGGCUCACCUGAGUGUCGGUGAUGAAACCAGAGACUUCUGGUGGAACCCAGCUCCAGGCAAGAACUCCUACGGUCCAGAUCGUGUAUUUGUGUUUUUCCGAGUUCCGACUAUCGACUUUGGUACCCUCCCUCGUAACGUGAGCGUUUGGAGCUCGUGGGAUAGUCUAAUUGGUGGAGCGCAGAGCGACGGAUUGGGCCUGAGAGUCAGUCACAAAUGCUCCUCUAAUGUGCCCUAUUCUGAGUUUUACAGCUCACAACAAAUCCUCAUAAAAAGGGUGAGAGGUGGCUGGUACUACUUGGUUAAGUACGAAUUUUUUGACUUUUCUCCUAUGCUAGAAGAUUACACCAAAUAUGUGAUCCGCGGCAAUCUACAGAACGUGAAUAUACUGUGAAUCUACGCAGCAUCAUGAUUCUAUGCCUAGCCGGCGUGGCGACGUCGGUGAGCUCUGAUGCUGGUGCCUCACGAACUGUACAUAUCUCUUGAUUCAAGAGUCUUGAACAAUGUGAUGAUUUCGGGUCAUUCUCACUACCGUAUCCAUCUAUUUACCAUUUAUUCAUUUUCAUUUUCCAUUUUUUCAUAUCUUGGUCCAAUAUCGCGUUAAUGUCGUGCGCAAGAGCCUGCUGUUCGUCGCUUAUCGUUACGAUAAUAUCGUAUGCAAGUCUGUGCAUUGAUAUGCGAGGUAUCCAACGUUUUUCCACGAGCACACUCUUGCAAGCCUCGUUGUGGCUCGAGUAGCGAUCAAGAGUGAAAGCUUUGGCUCAUCACCUUGCCAAUGACGAAAUCGAGCGGCCGGUUGUGGGAUGGGUCUAGACUCUAGAGCAAUAUGCUACGUUUUCUUUCCCUU